AAACUAUGUUGAUUAUUGUAUAAUAUAUCAAAUUUCAGGUCUUCAAAUAUAUUGAGGGAAAAACAUCAACAAAUAUUCCAGAAAUUGGCACGAAACUGGUAUCCAAAAUUUUUGUAUACAAUGACGUCAUUAAAAUUAUUUGUCAGCCAGUUAGAGUAAAAAUAAAUUGUAACGAAUUUGCGACGAAGAGCGACGCAGCUAUCUGAGAAAUAGGACGGCUAGCUCAAGAUGCGUGUUGAGCGAGGGAAGAUGUGUCGAGCGACAUGGGAGGCGCUCAAGGCGCACAUCAUGCGCGAUCGGAAACGAAAACGCGAUGAAAUGGAGGCAGACGCCGAGGAGGCCAGACAGCGGCUAAAGCGGGAGCAACUCAAGAAACAGCACACCUCGUCCCUGCAGGACACGAUCGCAGAGACAGCGCAGCUGGAGACGCGUCUGCAGGAGCUGAAGAAGGAGAAGCACGAGAUGUUCAUGAAGCUGAAGAAGGUGUUGAACGAGGACGAGACGCGGCGCCGCCAGCAGCUGAUGAAGGACGCCCAGGCGGCCCAGGCGGCGCAGCAGGCGCUCGGGCCGAUGCCCAGCAUGCAGCCGGUGCUGCAGCUGCAGCCGCCCAUCUCACAGCACGGCACCGGCCGGAUCACGCUCAACAAGCUGCCCGGACACCACCCGUCACUGCUGCCCAUGGGGAUGAAGCGGACCAGGAGCCCGUCGCCGCCGCCGCCGCACCAGCCGCAGGCCUAUCGCCACGAGUACUUGUACAAGGGACAGCCGCAGCCGCCCAUGAGUUACGGCGGCCCGCUGUCAGCCGGCCACCCGCACGUCUCGGUGGCGUCGGCCGCCAUCCGUGAGGAGGCCCACCACCCGGCCUACAUGCCGGCCUCCAGAGGGUACGGCAUGGCGUCUCACAGUGUAAUAGAUACCUCCCGGGAGAAGGGCGACUACUACAGCUCGUCGCCGCACCGGCCGCCGAGCCACCUGGGGAUCCGCUCCUCGCCGCUGCAGCUGCCCGUACAACAGUCGCAGGGCGGCAAGUCGGGCGGUAUCACGUCCGGCUACCCGGUUCGCUCGGUGGGCCCAGGGGCGUACCCGCCGGCCAGCGGCGCGUCACCGCCGGUGCCGCCGUCGAGCCGCCAGGCGCCGGCUCCGCCCAGCCAUCAGGCCCGCUACUAUAACUGAAGCAGCCCAGCCAACCGGGACAGCUAUAUCAUCUGAAGUAGAACCAACCAUGCCCACUGCUACUGAAGUUUGCAGCUCAGCGAACCGGCUAGAUAUUCCUGAAGCGGCUUAGCCGCGAGGAGCGCUACAAUUGAAGCAGCCUGACCACUUCGCCCGCUAGUAGAUAUGGAAGCAGCCUUGCCACUUCGCCCGCUAGCAGGUCAAUUGAAGCAGCUCGGCCAUCCGUUUCCGUACUGAGGCAGGUCUGUUAUCGGCUUGCUUCAACAUUAGCCUGACGAGUAACCGGCCAUCGAGCUGUUGGGUUCGGUUGUCUCUUGCCGAUGACCUUUGCAGUGGCUAGCAGAGACGGAGGGCUAUAUCAGGCCUACAUAGCCGGUCUGUGGACCAUAGUAUAUGACCGGUUGAUAAAGAUAUGCUGAGAGUAGGUGGGUCGGUAUUCGGUAAAGCUGUGGACGUGAAUGUUUAUAGAAGCGGCUAGAUGUGUGGGACAGGGCAGCAAUGCAUUGUAAUGUUUGUACAUAAGUCUCCCUAGGAGCUGAGCUCUACUGCUUCGGUGUCGCAAGUUUUCUGUCGCACUGGCUCAUGUAAUCGAUAUGGGUGCACCAGCGCCCCCUAAGCUGAACUUUACACGGGCGAUCCCAAUUUUGACUGAUCAUUUCUAGGAAAGCAAUUUGCGAUUAAAACCGACCUGCUCACCGUAGGUAUACACAUAGCUGCUGCAAACCCGAACCAGCCAUCUGUCUGUGUAAUGUUUAUAUGUUUUAUACGUGAUGUCACAGAAUGCAGUCCAUUUUCAUUACUUUUUUUUUUAACGAACGAUUCUUCUUGCUUUGUAUUGACAUGACUUGGUCUUAGCUGGUUUAGUGGUAUAAGCUACUUUGUACAUAUGUGAUGUCAUUGAGUAGCUGGCUGUAUGCACUCGUUUUUGUAAGGGAAAGUCAACCUUUUCAUUGAUCGCUUCGUCUUCUAUUGAAACACAUCUUAGUUUACACGAAUGUGAGCGCUUAUUCUAAUGUGCAGCCAUCUUGUCCUUUUUUCGUGGAAAGAUUGUGUAAUAAAAACGUAACGAACGGCA